AAAAAGGCAAAUAUCUGGCAGAAAAUAAUUCUUGAAAUCGUGUUAGCCUGAAUCGAAAUAAUAUAUCUGAAAAAGUGAUUUUCUCUUGAAUAAAAUCAUUGUUAUUGUGAUUUGAAUUAAGUGCAUUGUCAGCGUAAGUAUAAAAUGUAGUAUAAAGUAUAAAGUAUUUGUGAAGUUACUAGCGUGAUCAAAUGUGUCGGUAAGAUCUAACAUGUAUAUUGAUAAACUACUGACACGGGAUUAUCAAUGUUUACAAAUGUCAUGUCGGAGGAAAUUAAUACUAAAGAACAGGAAGAAAAAACUUGAACCACCGUGUCCUUUCUAAAUGCAGUAAAACAGUUAAUAAUGUAGAUUUGAAUGUAUAUUGAUACGUAGAUAUUGUUCUCAACACAUAAUUACAAGGAUGGAUACUGGAACAAUUGAAAAGGGUACAGUGGAAUUAGUUUGCACCGGUUCAGACGAACACCAUGAGUUUCUCUGUUCACCAUGUUCAUUGGAGCAUAGAAACGUUUCAGCCUCGAGGUAUUGCAAGGAUUGUAGCAACUAUUUGUGUGACGCAUGUUUCAAUCAACAUAAAAGAUUUGCAGCGAUGACAUUGCAUGAAGUAGUAGACAUCAACGAUGAAGCCGGUACUCUACCAGCUGGCGAAGAAGUACCAGCGUUGCCGACUUUGAAAUGCACGAUUCAUCAUGGUAAAUUACUGGAGAUGUAUUGUAAAGAACAUAAUGACGUCUGUUGUAUCAUCUGUAUGACAGUAAAACACGGUUCAUGCAAGGGCAUGACUUACUUACCAACAGCUGCACAAGAUAUUGACGUCAAUACAAAAGUUGUUGAUGUUCGGGCAAGACUGAAUGAUCUAAAAUCGAAACUGAUUCUUCAAAAGAAAGAAAAGAAAAUAGUCAGAGACAAAUUGAUGUUACAGAUAAAUUCAGGAAAGGAAAUCAUACAAGAUGAAAAACAGAUGGUUCAAGAACAUUUUGAAAACAUAGAGACGCAGUUGCUACAAGAAAUGAAUGAAACUACAGGAAAAUUUAUUAGAAAAACCGAGGCACACAGUGAAGAUAUUGAGUAUGCUAUUCAAACACUGGAGAGAAGUGAGAAGUCGUUGACCGUUGGAAGAAACAACUUGUCGAAUCUAUUCAUUAACUUGAUACAGAUACAACAUCAUCUGAAAGAUGCAGGUGAUCUACAUCAGCGGGCAAUGACGGACAUGCCAACUGUGGAUCAGCUCUACUUCAAACCAAACAAGAAUCUUAAAAAGCAGCUGGAGGGUAUUGAUUCCCUCGGGAAAAUGGUUUAUGUAAACACAGAGAAGCUGAGGUCUGAUACAGGUUUCAUCUCUUUACAUAGACAAGUUGAUGUCACCUCUGAAAAUGAACAAUUUGUCUGUGACAUUUCCGGCGCUUGUAUCAUAACCACUGGACAUAUACUGCUGGUUGAUUGUAAAAAUCGCUCGAUUAAAAAGCUAAACGAAUCAUAUGAAUUGUCGAGUAUUUUACAUGUCUCUGCGAUACCUUGGAGUAUAUGCACUGUAAAUUCCACAACAGUCGCCGUUUCAAUGUGGAAUGAGCAGAAAGUUCAGUUGAUCUGGGUACAAGAUGAAAUGAAAGUGUGCUCUUCCUUCAUGGUCAGCAACCGGUGCAGUGGUAUAUAUCACAAGGACGAAAAGUUGUACGUGUGCGUUGGUGGUAUGAAGAAAAACGAGGAAGGAUUCGUUGAAAUAUAUACACUGUCAGGAAUUAAAGUUAACACCAUUACCUGCAGUCUCAGAAGCCCGAGAUCCGUUGUCGUUUUAGAUCAUAUUGUUUUCGUUGCCGAUGAAGAGAAUGGAUUGGUUGAAAUAGAGAACGAAGAUAAUGCAAUCGUCCAUGGGCUAAAAGAUCUAACAAAGGCACACAGUUUAUGUGUGGGCUCAGACGGGAAAAUAUUCAUUUGUGGAAUGGACUCAAACAACGUAUUUAUUUUCUCACUAGAAGAUAAAGUAUUCAGGUCUGUUUUGUCAGAAAAAGACGGUAUCGUAGAGCCACAACUGAUGUGUUUUCAUCAAGAGAAAUCAAGAAUUUUGGUCGGUGUUCAAAACUGUAACUUUUUGAAAGCUUACAGUAUAAAUAAUGGUUACGAGUAAGUUGUAACCAACUUUGCUGAUUCAGUUUUCCCUCAGAUCAAAUAAAACGCUGUGAGCCUUAAGUAAUUUAUUUAUAAAAGUACUUUGAACAAUAACUACUUUGAACAAUAACAAAUUUCACUGAUGUAAUUUGUGUUUCAGAUUUAAGUUUUGCAGCAGUGAUGACUCGGAGAAUGCGACUGAAUCAGUAGGGGAAAGCUAUUCAUUUUAAAUUUCUAGUCGCUUUCUAUUUGGAAGCAGUCUAUAUAUCUUUUACUACUUUAGAAGUUUCCAUAUAUCGUUUCAAAAACAGUUUUAUAUUUAAAAUUCUUGUAAAACAAUCAGCUUUCAUAGACUUUAUCAAAUCGAGCCUGCUGAAAGUUUACUUGGUUGAGUUUCAGUAUGCUUCUGAUGAAGGACCUUGUACAUUUGAUUUGUUUUUAGUGUAUGUUGCUCAAAAACACUUUUUACUAUUUUACAUUUUACUACUUUUGUAUGAGAGAUGAUCUAUAAAUAUCCGCAAAAUGCUCUCAUUUCUGUACAUUUCUGUGCUCUCAUUUUUUGUCGAAAAAGAAAAACACACAAAAAAAAAACUCUUGUAGAUAAAGGAACGUUUAGAUGAUAAGUUUUUAUAGAUUUUUUCUUUGGAGAGACAGUAAUAAAAUGCAAGUCCCAUACCAAACGCCAUAUGUGACGUAAUCUGGACCAAAUUUGUCUCCUUUCCUAUUAUUUCAUUGACUAGAAUAUUUCUUUCAACUUUUUCAUUUUCCAGUUUUUAGUGGUUAUAUACAUUUCUAGUGUGUUUAGCUAUACGAUGUACAUAAUAAGUAUGUUCUAUUUUAGACCUAAUGCAGAGUACUGUUAAUACAAAUCAACAUGUUAAUUUACGUUUACAUAAACUCCGUGUAUUAAUUUUUCAUAAUUCAUGACAAAUAUUAAGUUGUUAGCAGAUAUAUAUGUUUCUUUAGCGUUUAGUUACUACGCCGAUUGCAUAAUAAACUUGUAUAAUUGUUCAAGGAAUUGCCGUUCCACCCGCAUCAUUUAAAAACAAAAAACAGCAACAAAAAACUUAAUUAGAAUUCCAUGCAUAUCCUUUUGUUUUAUGGAAAAAAAAUUAUAUGAUACUUAUUUCGGAAUUUCCUUUUCACUUUUUACAACUUGACAAAGAAUGAUGUUUGAAUUCUUAAGUUAUAUUUAAUCAUCGUUAUUAUUACCGGUACUAUUAUGAGUAUGAUUGUUAUUGUUGUUGAUGACGAAGAUGAUGCUGUUGUUAUUUUUAUCAUUAUUAACAUUGCCAUUAUUAUUAUUAUUAUUAUUGUUAUUAUUAUUUUUAGCAAUGUUGCAUGUUAAAUACCACCAAUUGUUCUCCUAUAUACUUCCAUUAUAACAUUAUGGUGUAAUUCUGAAUGUAACCUUCUAAACUGUCAUAGUUCCAUUAAACUACUGGAUGAAGAAAAUGUGAA